AUGAGUAAUAAUAAUUUAGAUAAUACUGCAGUUGUUCCAACAGCUGUAGAUGAAACAACUACAGAUCCAUCUGAUGAUCAAAUAGUAGAUCCAUGGACUGUAUCAUCAAAGAAUGGUAUCAAUUAUGAUAAACUCAUUGAUCAAUUCGGUUCAACAAAGAUUGAACCAGAAUUGAUUGCUCGUUUCGAAAGAGUGACAGGUAAAAAAGCACAUCAUUUCUUAAAAAGAGGUAUCUUUUUUUCACAUAGAGAUUUAGUUGAAAUUUUAGAUGCAUAUGAAUCAGGUAAACCAUUUUAUUUAUAUACUGGACGUGGUCCAUCUAGUGGAUCAUUACAUUUCGGUCAUUUGGUUCCAUUCAUCUUUACCAAGUAUCUUCAAGAUGUAUUCAAUGUACCAUUGGUAAUUCAAAUGACCAACGAUGAAAAGUUCCUCUGGAAAGAUAUUACUCUGGAGGAAUCGAUUCAAUUCACCAUCAAUAAUGUAAAGGAUAUCAUUGCAUUGGGUUUCGAUAUUGAAAAGACAUUUAUAUUUUCAAAUUUAGAUUAUGUUGGUACAAUGUAUCCAAAUAUUGUUAAAAUUGGAAAAUGUAUAACUUUAAAUCAAAUAAAAGGUAUUUUCGGAUUUGAUGAUUCAAAUUCAUGUGGAAAGUUUGCUUUCCCACCAGUUCAAGCUGCACCAGCUCUACCAGAUUCAUUCCCACAUAUUUUCUCACCAAGUGAUCCAAUGACAAAAUCAAUCCGUUGUUUGAUUCCAUGUGCAAUCGAUCAAGAUCCAUACUUUAGAAUGACAAGAGAUGUUGCACCAAGAAUCGGUUAUCUCAAACCAAGUUUAAUUCAUAGUAAAUUCUUCCCUGCUCUCCAAGGUCACAAUACAAAGAUGAGUGCCUCCGAUAGUAAUUCCGCCAUCUACCUCUCUGAUACACCAAAAGAGGUAAAUGAAAAAAUUACCAAACAUGCAUUCUCUGGUGGUCGUAAAACCAAAGAAGAACAUGAACUCUAUGGUGCCAACUUGGAGGUCGAUGUUUCCUAUGAAUAUUUAACUUAUUUCCUUGAAGAUGAUGAAUUAUUAAAAGAUAUUGGUGAUAAAUAUUCUUCAGGUAAAUUAUUAACAAGUCAAGUAAAGAAUAUUUUAAUUGAUAUUAUGAUUGAAAUCAACAAAAGACAUCAAGAAGCAAGAGCAAGAGUUACUGAUGAAAUUACAAAGACAUUUAUGAGUGUUAGAAAGUUAAAUUUCGCAAUGCCAACAAUCAAAAAAUAA